AUGGGCUUCUGGGCAAAGAAGAUCCACUGUUUGCAUUUGAAAAAAGACGUUACGGUGGAGGAUAUUUGUGGUAAGCGGAUGAAGGCUUUCCCGCUGUUUGCCAUGUCUAUAAAUUUCCUGAGAGAGCACUUACUAGAGAUGGUUACUAAGCAAAUGAUUGGAAUCGAAGAGACGGACAUAUUGUAUGUGUUGACCGUCCCGGCUAUCUGGGAAGACAAUGCCAAGAAGUGCAUGAGGGAUGCAGCAGUUGCACUGGCUUUGGAGCCAGAAUGUGCCUCGAUCUGGUGUGAGACGUUGGGUAUGGACAUUAAGGGCGCUGAAUCGAUUCAAGGAGCACAGUACAUGGUCGUCGAUCUUGGAGAAAAACGAAUAUUUGAUACCGUUAAAACAAAGCAUUUUAUUGUUCGUGUGUCUGCUUCAUUGCGUAAACUUGCUAAAAAACAUUCCAAACAAUCUCUGGAAGACAGAAUUGCUGCAUUGGACAUUCAGGAAAAUUCCAUAACACCGAAGGCUUGUGACAAGCUGAAGAUCGUUGGGACAAUAAUCCAAUCAUGGUUCAAACGUCCAAUCGACAUGCUGAUCCAGCAUAUAAGGUCAUUCUUGGCAGAAGCAAAAAUGAAACGCGUGCAAACCGUUGUUCUAGUUGGUGGAUUCGGCGAAAGCCCGUAUGUUCAGGAGAGAAUUAAGAAUGAAAUACCCGCCGUGAGGAUGAUCGUUCCUGAAGACGCGGGCCUCGCCGUGUUAAAUGGCGCCGUGAGGUUUGGACACAACCCCGCCAUUGUCUGCUCAAGGAUUAUGAAAUACACCUAUGGGACAAAAGUGUUUAGUGAGUUUGAUGAAAAGAAGCACCCAUGUGAUAAGAAGGUUUGGAAGAAUGGAGGGUGGUGGGUGCCUAAUUGUUUCAAUGUGUACGCGCGGGUAAACGAGGAGGUGAGAGUGGAAGAUCAAGUGACCAUGAUUGGUACUCCUUAUAGUAAAGUUUCCCUCACACCCGUCUACAGGACGAUACAGGAGAACCCUGAGUAUGUGACAGACCCUGGAUGUGAACUAAUUGGGACUGUUAGACUGGAAAACAGCAUUGACAUUCCUUUUGAAGAACAGGAUAUAGAAGACACGUUCGUGUUCGGGGAUACUGAGUUGCUGGUGAAGACGAAAAACAUGGCAACGGGGAAAGAGGCCUUCAUGACAUUUGAGUGUUUCAAAUAA